AUGGCGCCAAACUUUGACCAGGCCCGCAGCAGGAUCUACGCCGCCCACGAUGAGGAUCCGAACAAGCACACGACCGGCGAUGGCCAGCAGAUACCCUACGAGACGCACUACUCGCACAAGAUGGAGAGCUAUCUCGACAAGCGGAAACCCGACGCGUCCGAUGUGUUGAAGCUCGCCAUCUGCGGCCAGCACUUUCGACGAUGGGAGGUCCCGCGAGACUCGUACCCCAUGACCAAGAUCGGCUAUCACACCUGGCGGACGGCGCUCAAGAAGCGGCAAGCCAAGCUGGUCGGCAGCAUCCUGGACGAGUGCGGCUAUCCCAUCGACCAGACGGAAAGAUGCAUGGCUUUGAUUGAGAAGGAAGGGUUGAAGCAGGGCGAAGAGGAGGUCCAAGUGCUGGAAGACGUGGCAUGUCUCGUCUUCCUCGACGACCAGUUCGACCAAUUCAAAGAUAAGCACGACGGGGAAAAGAUCGUCAACAUCUUGAAGAAGACUUGGGUCAAGAUGUCCAAGCAGGGACAAGACAUGGCAUUGGAGAUACCCAUGACCGACGACUGCAAGGCGCUCGUGGGCAAAGCUCUCGGUGGGUAG